UAUUAUCCAACUAAACUAGCCAACCAGCAAACAAAUCACCAAACGCGAAAAUGAAUGCUGCUGCUACUACUACUACUCUCCUCCUUACCCUCUCUCUCUUUCUCUUCCUCUCUCUGCCCACCCCUUCUCUCUCGGCCGAGCGCUGCAACCCGAAUGACAAAAAAGUUCUUCUCGAAAUCAAACAAUCCUUUGGCAACCCCUACCUCUUAGCCUCAUGGGUCUCAACCAACGACUGCUGCGAUUGGUACCAGGUGGAAUGCGACCCCACCACCAACCGCAUCAUCUCCCUCACCAUCUUCGCAGGCAACCUCUCCCGCCAAAUUCCGGCCGCCGUUGGCAACCUCCCGUAUCUCCAAACCUUGGUUUUCCGAAAGCUCUCGAAUCUCACCGGCACCAUCCCCUCGGCCAUCGCCAAACUUACUCACCUGAUGAUGGUCCGGCUCAGCUACACCAACUUAACCGGUCCAGUUCCUACGUUCUUCGCCCAGCUCAAAAACCUAACGUUCCUCGAUUUAUCAUUCAACGACUUGACCGGUUCAAUCCCUCCCGAGCUUGGUCAAUUGACAAACCUCGAUGCCAUUCACUUGGACCGGAACAAGCUGACCGGUUUAAUCCCUGAAUGGAUAUUCACCGGAGUUGUCCCCGAUAUUUAUCUCUCUCACAACCAAUUAACAGGACCAAUACCGAAAUCUUUCGGUUACUACAACUACACAACGUUAGAUUUCUCCCGAAACAUGCUUUCGGGCGACCUAUCGUUCAUGUUCGGGUCCAACAAGACGGUUCAGAUUGUCGAUUUUUCACAGAACAUGUUCGGGUUUAACCUGAGCAACGUGGUCUUCCCAGCGAGCUUGACGUCGCUGGAUUUGAAUCACAACAAGAUAUUCGGAAGUCUUCCGGAGGAGCUGACCCCGCUGGACUUCCAGUACUUGAACGUGAGCUACAACCGGCUGUGCGGGAAGAUUCCGGUGGGUGGGAAGUUGCAGAGCUUCGACGCGACGUCGUAUUUCCACAACCAGUGCUUGUGCGGGGCCCCAUUGCCGGCUUGCUAGUAUAUUCGCUGGAGUUUACGGGAUUCUGUUGUGCCAUAAUGGCUUUAUUCUGUUUCUUUAAAGUAAUUGAUACUCCAUUAAAGUUGCAUGGUUGUGUUUCAAUAAACUUGUGUGUAAUGCAUGAUUUGUUUUCAUGUCACCUUAUCACAGAACAGAUAUUUACAUCUGGACCCAAUAAAAUAGUGAAGUAGUAUUUGGUUUUCAAAAA